UUUUUUUGGGGGGGGGUGGAUUUCUGUUUCUGUCCAAUUGACAGAACCUCAUCACAUAUAUAUUUUACUUUUUGGAGAGUGAAGAGGAGGAAUUCAGUGGAUACAUUUUGUGAAAAAAAAAUUUUUUAGAAGUCCUAUCAGGGAAUAGGUGGUAGAAUUCAUAGGCAUAGUAUCCACAACAUAUAAUAUUAGUCAAACCUAAAAGGAAAGAACAAACAUAAAAUUAAACCAUGCCUAGUAUUACCCUAGGAAUACCUGGUACUUGGAAAUGUAGAACUAUGAAUUAUUAAUCAACCAUCUUUAAGAUUAUCCUGCAAAUAAUGACUCAUUGAAGAUGAGUUAACAAUCUGGAAAUAUAAAAACAUGAAACUAUAGAUUCUUUAAGCACAAGUGCAACAUGUUUUAACCCUGAAAAAAAAUUACUUCACUAUUUUGUAGUGAUACUAAAUAAGUAUGUUUAAAACUAUCAUAGAUAUAAGAAAAAUCAAAAUACUACAAAUAAAAAAAUAUUUUUACAUAAUCAGGCUUUCAGAAAUGAAAAAUAUUGUCCUAGAAAAUUUAUUCUGUGACUGAGUGAAAAUUCUCCAUGACUCCUAUGUGAUUGGUCCCUGGGCCCAAAAUAUAAACCAAAGAGUACUUCAAAGAUGAAGUACUCUUUAUCAUUCCAUUUUUAAAUUCCUGUGUUUAGCCCUGGAAUGUUGAGGGAGAGGGCCAGGCUAACGUAACAGUAUUUGACCAAUUAUUAACACCCACAUCAAUGGGAAUGAAGCUAAUAUUAAAAUAGUCUAGCAUGUGUUCAAAGUAAGGGAGAGACAACUCUUUCCAAACAAUAUCCUUUUCAGUUAACUGCGGAGUUCAUCUGGUGCUGUUUCCUUUCUGGACCUGCAGACUAAAAGUUUCAGGAAAUCAGUUUGUAUAGUUGGCAGUAUAUCUCCUAAAUAUUUUUUUUAAUUUUUGAGAUUUUGGUUUUAUAUUAAUUUUUUAAUUGACACACAAAAUUGUUCAUGUUUACAGAGUGCUAUAUUAUGUAUUAAUAGAUAUGUAUUCUAUAUAAUGUUCAAAUUAGCAUGGGCACAUCUGUCUCCUUAAACCUUUAUUAUUUCUUUGAAAUGAAAAUAUAGGUAAGUUCAACAACAAAUGAGACAUAAAUGGAGAGCAUUACCUACAUAUAAAUAAGUGAGAUAAAUAGAAAAUAUGAAAGAGAGAUUAAGAUAAAUCAAGAUAAAAAUUUAAAGUACGAUUACUUUAUCAAAGUACGAUUACUUAAUCAAAGAUAUUUCUGAGAAUUCUUGAGAAUAGAGUCAGAAUGCAAAUUCUUAGAAUUGGGAAACAUCAUAAUCUUGCUAUAAGAUUGACAAAGUAAAUUCAACCCCAAGUAUACUAUACCAAAAAUUUAAAACUCCAAUAUAAAGAUUUCAAUAUAACUAUUGAGAAAAUACCUUCCAAGGAAUGAUUUGUCAAACAGUAAAUUUUUCAAAAUCAAUCAUGGAAAGAUAGACAAGAUAGUGUGUUGAAGAUAAAGAACAUUCACAGUCGGACAAAAAUAAAGAUAAAUAAAGACAUUUUAAGGCAAAAUGAUAAACAGGUUUUAAAAAGACUAAUGGAAAGAAUCUAAUCAGAAAAAUUAAUUUGAACACAGAGGAAAUACGAUAAUCAGGAACAAAUGGUGAGCUAACAAAUGGGUUACUCUGCAGUUGGAUACAAAUAGGCUUUGAUGUUCUAAACCCCCAAAAUACUAAUUAUUAAUGCAAAACUGAUAAAAGAGGUAUAAUCAAAGUAUUUGAUAUCAAUAAUAUGUAAGAAAAUGACCAGAAUUUAAAAGUAUCCUCCGCUCCUUAUAUUGCUCAGAGAAAAGGUAAAGUCAUUGACACAGACAUUACCCUGCCCUCAAGAAAAAAAGAGAAACAGCCUAAUCUAUGGUCUUCCCAUGAGAAAGCCACUUGCUCAAUAUGAAGUGCAUAGAGAUUUUUAAAGAUUGGAGAGUUUCCUUAUUUGUUAUUAACUGUUAUAACAAAUCAUCACAAACAUGAGCUUGACACAAUAUGAAUUUUUUCUUACAGUCCGGGAGAUCAGAAUUCUAAGUAAUGUCAUAUGAGUCUAAAAUCAAGGUAUUGACACUAUUGGUCUCUUCUAGAGGUUCAAGUGCAGAAUGUUCCUUCUCUCUUCCAGCUCUAGAGGAUUUUUGAAUUCCUUGGUUUAGAGCUCCAUUCUCUCUCUCCCACUCCUACCUUUCAAUAUUGGUGGUCAAGUCAACCCAGCAGAGCCUCUCUAGUCUUAUUUAAUUUAAAUUUAAAUUUAUUUUGAAAGAAACUCUCACAUGGUUGCUGGGGCUGGCCUUGGACUUGUAACCUUCCUGUAUCAUUUUUCUAGAAUCACUGAGAUUGUGGGAAUGUGCCAUUGCACCCAGCAUUCCUUGCUCUCUUUCUUUACUCUGACUUCUUCAAACUGUUGUCACAGCAUUUCUCCUGCCUUUUCACCUUCAGGCUUCAUUCUUAAAAAUAUCCUUAGGAUUAUAUAUGUAGGAUCCUCCCUUAUAAUUCAAAAAAAUCUCACCACAAGCUCCUUAAUUGAAUAACACUUAUAAUGUUCUCUUGGUCACAGAAGAUAAUAUUCACAGGUUUCAGGAAUUAAGAUAUGAAUAUCUUAGGGAGGCAUCAUUAAACUUUCUAUGACCAUCACGAAAUGUGUUACACAGAGUAAUAAAUGUAUAUUCAGGUAAUAAAUAUUAAAAUAUUUAAUAUUAAUUUCACUCUAGGUGACAACAGAGUAACAAGAUAUACACAUUGCAACCAGCUCAAUAAAGACCACAUAUACACACCUAAGUUGGGCCAAAUUAACAUUAUUAAUACUCAAAUUUUAAAGAUUUUAUUCUCCAUGAGUUUCUGGCACACAGUGAGCAACUUUGUGAAUGAAAUAUUUAGUAUAUUUCUUUAAUUUCCAUUCAAUUUAACAGAAAUAAUGAGCAUAUAAAAAGAUGAUCCAUAACCUGGUCAUGUUCCCUGGAAAUAAGAAAACUCCAUUUUUUAUAUCAAACAUUUCUCUUCUUUCUCCUUUUGAGACCAGGAAUACCCAUAAGUGUAGAUGUUUCAACUAGAUAUGAGGGUGAAGAGUGAGAAGGGAAAUAUAAAUGUGGCUGAGAUCCAACUGAGCUCUCCUGUCUGCAACUGAUACAUGCAAAAUAAAGCCCAAGCCCAGAUCACAGCAAGAACACCAGGUCUUCUACUUUUCCUUGGGGAUAUGGUUAUUGCAUCUAUGUAUAACAAAGCUUGAGAUUCAAGGGAAAUCUAGAAAAGAAAUGCGUACAAGUUCAAGGAUAUAAGAGCAGGGUUGGGUUGGAAAAGACGUAACUAAAGAAAUGAUAGUUUUCUCAAAAAUAAAGGGGAAGACUCACUAAGUCUGAACCUGAAAAGUGACACUCUACUGGUAAUUGCAAGAAAGUAUCUGACAACCAGAGGGUACAGAUUGAAGAAUGUAAAAGGAUUCUUAAUAUUGUUAAUAACUGUUUUUACCUUCCAGAAAGAAGGGGUGAAGUUCCUAUUAUCUCUUCAUGGGUGAAGAAGGGAGGCAGAGAUUUAAAAUGGUUCUUAAUCUCUGGUCAUUCACAACCUCUUAUCUCCAUAAAAAAAAAAAAUGAAGUUUUACCCUGAUUUAAAAAAAAAAAAAAAGAUGAAGUUUUACCUCACCCACCUAGUCUUAACAUGAUAGGUUCUCAAAUUUAUCUCUAUAAACAUGUACUCCUUCAUUCUCCAUUCCUUACUCCCUUUUCCUUAGACCCUCAUACAUACACAUAAACUCAUACCCUCACAGAUUAAAUCUUUCUAUUCACAUUCCACAGUGCAGGCAUUCCUCAAAUCUUCUUUCUUCUAACCUCAUGCUUUGAAUGACACAAUCUUCAUUCAACUCAUAGAAAUAACCCUACUUUAGUAGAAUGUCGAAUGGUGUAGUCCAAUUAAUAAUGCAUGACAUUAUCAAAACCAUUUUCCCUCUUUCAAACUCCUCUCUCUAUUCCAGAUUACAUAAUCCACUAUCUAGAAUCUCACAUCAUCUACCUCCUAUCCAUGAGUCACACUCAUUCAAUAACAUUCUGAUAGUCUUUGCAGAUCUUCCAAAAUGAAUAAGGUCACAGUCUCAUUCAAACCUAAUAGCUACAGUGUAACUGCUUGUCCUUCAAGAGUCCAUAGUUUACAGAUAACAGUCCAUGCAAGAGGAAAUAUACAGGUACCAAACAAUGCCACAAUGUCUCCCAGAUAUAUACUCACACUGUAUUCAAACACAAGAAAACCUCAGUCAUACACUCACUCAUAAAUAUGGUAAAAACAAUAGCCUAUACACAGACAUACAUAUGCCAGAGACAUUCACAAACAUGCAUACUUUCUAAAAAAGUUAUACCACAAACGAUAUAUUUUGUCAUCUCUACACCAAAAUCAUACACAUGACACUCUCCAGUGAUGUAAAAAAUAAAUGAUGCAAUUUGAGAGUAAAAAUUUGCUUAACAAAUGGAAACUUAUUGACAAAGGAAAGGACUUAUGUGCUUAUGAGUUCAUUUAUUAAGAAUUAAAAUUUUGCUAUUUAAUAAAGCUUGUGAAUUCAAAGGUAUGGCCCUUUCCAUUGGAAAUACAGAGGAAAAGGAAAUAAGUGAAAUUAGGAAGUUUUAUAAUAUAUUUUAAAUUCAUGGUAGAGGUAAAGUUGUUUGAACAGGACAGAGUAUGCAAGGGAAAAAACCCAGCGACUCAGAAUGUACUCUUAAAUUGGUAAUAUUCUAAGAUCAGAUCUGAUAUGAUGACAAGAGAUGAAAAACUUAGAACCCUGUGUGGGCAGGGGGACACUGUGUGAGUCUGAGAAUGUGCCAUACCAGUGACAAGGCCAAGGAGUUGCUGUGACACUUGAGAAUACAUAGGCACUCCAGACUGGAGGUUCAGUCUGGAGCCAGUUGUAGAGAAACCCACAGAAUCUCCUGUUAAGCGAAGAACUCAUCACCCCUCACCAGGCCCUUGUGCUUCAGAAGCCCUGCCAACAGCAGCCACAAGGAGCACUUCUUUGGAAGAGAUGAGGUGGGACAAAAGUUGGAAUCACUGGAUUCUUUCCUACAAAUUCUAACUCUUGAAUGAAGAUGCAGAAGUUUUAUAUGGUAAUCUAGAGGUGACAAGCGAAAACAUUUUACCUGCAUACCAGAGUCAAAUUCAUUUUUAAGAUGAGUAAAGACGUCCAAACAAAUAAUAAAGGUGACUUCCUAUAUGCCAGGAAAGAUUUUGAGUCUCUGAUACACUUACAAAAGCACAUGCUAAUUCUGAGUAAUGCAGCCCCACAAAGAUAUAUCAAUCCAAUAAACAUUUUUAAUACAUAGAUUUUGGAAACUUAAAAAGCAAGUUAAAUAUAAUCUUCAUGAUGACAAACAAAAUAUGUGUUAUUUUACGUAGUAGUUUUUGAAUGAUUGUUUAAUCUAAAAUAAUGUCAUAUAUUUGAUUCUCCCUCUUUUGUUCAAUAAUGUUAGAUUCAGAAAAAUCAACUGCAAUGUUGGGACCUUCAGGGCUGACCCAAGAUCACAGGUACACAACACAGGACUCUACCCCUGAAAAUAUCUGCAGCACCUUUUCAUCAGAUAAAGUCACUAACAGAGAGUUUCAGAAGUUUAAAGAGGUUGUUCCUGUACCAUGUGCAGCGGUCCCAGACCGGACUCAUCCAUCAGGAGGAAAUUCAUUAGCCUCAGAAUAUUUCACCUAUGCACCCCCCACCAGGAAGCUUAUUCCUACUGGCAAGCAUGGGUUCCAGAUAUUCCAACAGGUUGCUCCUGCCCCAUGUAGGAUGAACUGGAUUCAGGUAGGAGGAGAAACUUCAACAUCUGAAGAAGAUUCCAAAUAUAUCUUCUCAGAAAGCAAGCACAUUCCUACUGAUGAGCAUGCUAAAACACCCGAUUUCCAGAAGUGGAAAGGCAUUGCUAUUGAAAAAUACGAGCUAGAAGCAGCCAGGACUCAGGCAGCAGGACAAAAUUCAUCUGAUUCAAAAUAUUUCAGCUGUCUAUCCACUACCACUAAACUCCUUCCUACUGAGGAGCAUGAUUUCCAGAAGUGGAAAGACAUUGCUAGUGAACCAUACAUGCUGGAAGCAUCCAAGAUUCAGGCAGCAGGAGGGAACUCAUCUGAUUCAAAAUAUGUCAGCUGUCUCUCUACUACCAGCGAAAUCCUUCCUCCUGAGAAGCAUGAUUUCCAGAACUGGAAAGAGUCAUCUAUUGAACCAUGUAUGCUGGAAGCAGCCAGUACUCAGGCAGCAGGAGAGAAUUCAUUUGAUUCAGAAUAUGUCACCUUUCUCUCCACUACCAGCAAACCCCAUCCCAUUGAGGAGCAUGAUUUUCAGUACUGGAAAGAGUCUGCCAUCGCACCAUAUAUGCUGGAAGCGGCAGGAGAGAAUUCAUCUGAUUCAGAAUAUUUCAGCUGUCUCUCCCCUCCGAGCAAAACCCUUCCUACUGAUGAGUAUGAUUUCCAGAAAAGGAAAGGCAUUGCUACUGAACCAUUUAUACUGGAAGCAACCAGAACUCAGGCAGCAGAAGAGAAUUCAUGUGAUUCAAAAUAUUUCACCUGUCUCUCCACUUCCAGCAAACUCAUUCCUCCUGAGGAGUGUGAAUUCAAGAAGUGUCAAGAAAUUGCUCCUGCACCAUGUAGCAUCACCAAGAUUCAGACAACAGGAGAGAAUUCAUCUUUCUCAGAAUAUUUCACCUGUCUCUCUUCUCUCAGCAAACACAUUCCUACAGAUGAGCUUGGAUUGCAGAAGUUUCAAGAAAUUGUUCCUAAGUCAUAUAUGCUGGAACCAGUCAGGGAUCAGGCAGCAGGAGAUAAUUCAUCUUCCUCAGAUUAUUUGACCUCCAUCUCCUUUGACAGCACACUGACCCCUAAUGAUAAGCAGGGUAAGACAGAUUCCAGGUUAUCUGAGAUCAGAGAGGGACCCCAGUUGCUUGUCCAACACUGCUCACUUCACUACUUUCGAAAUACAAAAGAAGGAUUCAUUCCAAAGGACCUAACACCAAGCCUUGUGAGGAGGGUCGAAUGGGGAAUGUGCCUUCAAGAAUAGGACUGAAUCAGAACCUCAGCACAAUGCUGCAUGUGAACACUGGGGUAGCAGUGGGUGAGAUGGGAUAGUGCUGAGAUGUGUAUGGUAAUUUAAUCAGAAACUUCCCCCUCAGAUGCCACAACUAAAACAUACUCAUAUGUUAUAAAUAUUCAUACUAAGCUGGCCCCAUCUCCUCUUCCUUUACUUAUUUUCGCAUACAAUACUCUUUUUUUUCUCUACCCAUUUUUUUCUAUUCUCCAUUAACAUUGCCUAUAUACUUCCUUUCACCCUCAUUUUUCCAUACAACCAUUCUCAUUUCAUUGAUUUACAUUUUAAUUUAUUAAAUGUUUCAUAUAUUUCCAGACAACCUGUUUUAACUCUGCAAUGCUAGACCAAUAUCUAGGAAAGUUAAGAAAACUCAUAUGUCUUGAAAAUAAAGCACUUUCUUAUACCAAUUUUCUCACACAAAUAUCCAAUGAUAGAUAUGCUUUCAGCCAUUCAAAAACCCAUACCUGACCAUGUACACUCUGUACUGUCAUUUAGCAUGCACACGCACGCGCACACACACACACACACACAAUCAUCACCACCCCCUUUUGACAACAUCAAAAAUAAUCACCAGAUAUUUACCAGAAUAUAAUUCAACAUGUUAUUACAAAAAUCUCAUUUUCCACACAGGUGUAACAUGUACAAACUUGGGUUGACAUAUAACACACAAAGAAUUCUGAAGCAUCACUGAUAUAUGUACCCCCCAUUUCGCAUGCCUACAUACAAGAACAUUCUUAUAGUAAUGUUAUUUUCUUUUAUUUGGAUUUUUUUUCUAGAAACCAGUGAAUCAUAUUCAUAUGUUUCCUAUCCUGAAUCACAUAGUAUGCCUGUAGAAAGCAAGUUGGAAGAAUCAGAAUAUUCUUCGUCAUUGGCAUAUAACGAAUUACCAAUUUACUUGGCCAAUAAUCCCUGUACAUCCUCAAAGAAGAGGAAAAGGGAAAGAAUAAUGAAAGUGUACUAUAUGCAUGUUAGAAUGAAGAGGGGGGUGGCUGUCUUAGAGGAUACAGAAGACGAAAGGCAGCCUCCAUGCAAAAAGACAAAAAUGAAAACCAUUGCAUUUCCUGAGACAAUCCAUACAGAAGACAAUCUCUCUGUCGUAUCCACAGAAGAACUCCUAACUGAGAGUGAUCUCAGCUUUGAUGAUGUAGUCCAAGAGGCAUCAGAAGAUAAUGACAGACCGAUAUAUCCUCCACCUCUGGAGACAAGUUCCAGAGCUAAAACACCAGAAUGGCUUGUGGCCCAUGACAGUGGCUACAGGUGCAUGGCCUGCUGCCGAGUUUUCCCCUCCUUGGAGAUUCUACAGGACCAUGUGAAGAAUGGUAUUAAAGAGGGAUUUAGCUGCCAUUCUUUUCAUGUAGCCCUUAACUUGCUUAGAAGUAAGAACAGAAAUAGAAAAAAAGAAGUAUACGAAGAGGAGGAAAACAAAGUCAAAAAGAGCUGGACAAAAGGCAUAAGUAUCCAAUGUGACAACAUAAUUAGGCACAUAAGAGACUUCUUUCACAAUAACCAUUGAUAGCAUCAUGACCACCAGCACAACUAUCACCACCAUCAAAAGCCCCAGCACCACCAUUAUUACUACCAUCAACAAUACAACAACAAUGGCCACCACUAUGACUACUACAACCAUUGCCACUGUCAAUAACAUCACCAUCAACAGCAGCAGCAACAAGCACCAUCAUCACUAUCUUAUCAUCACAGCCAUCACUACUAUCAAGAGUAUCACCACUACAAUCAUAAUUAGCACCACCAUCAACAGCACCACUACAAUUACCACCUUCACCGGCACUACCAGCACCACCAUCAACAGUACUAUCUGCAGCACCAUCACCACCAUACCAUGACCAUCACAACCAUUGCCACUGUUAACAGCACCAUCAAUAGCAGUGCCAUCUCUACCAUCACCACCAAUAGCACUACCAUCAACAGUACCAUUACCAACAUCAUAAUCAUUGUUAACAGCACCAUCACCUCAGCCAUCACUGACAUCAACAAUGUUAUCACCAGCACAAUAGUCAUCACCACCAUUGACAGCACCACCAGUAGCACAUUAGCAGCAGCAUCACCACUAUUAUCACCAACAUGGCUAGCACCACCAUCACUAGCCCAUAACCACCACAACCAUCAAUACCAUAAAUAAUAGCACCAGUACUGCUAACACCACUGUCAACAGCUCCACCUUCAACAGCACCACCAUCUACAGGACUACUAUUAUCAUCAUCCCAGCACCAUGAUCACCACCACCAGGGCCACCAGCACCAAUAUGGACAGUAGCACUUGUACCACAAGUAGGAUUAGAGAAGCCCUUUAGAUAAUAUUCCCCAGAAGAAAAAACAAGUUUGUAGACCACAUCAAGCUAUAAAGCAAAAAUGUCCUCAGGCAAACUAAAGAGCAAUGAAUACCAGUAUAUCAUCUUUAUCACUGGAAGAAAUUCAUUUGAAAUAGAAACUGCUAUGGACUGGACUUAGAAGAAGAGGCGAGGUUCCCAGGGCACCAAGAAUCUGGUUCUAUAUAAUCAACAGAGAGGAGAUAAACAUGGACAAAGCUGAGAAGACUUUGCAAAGCCAGGUGCACGCUGCUAUAGCGGAGAGUGUCAUUUUUAGUUAGAAGGAAAAUCAGACUUGUCUUCAAUAUUUCUAAAGUCACAGAAUCAAAACAGAAGUUGUCCUGAGAUUAGCUGAAGACUUGUCUCUAUGAUAAGAACUACCUUCCUGACUUAAAGGUGUUCUUUUUUAUUUUGCUUAUCUCACAGCAAAAAAUGGUAUGGAUUAUACAAGGAAGGAGUUUCUCUUCACCAAGCUGUCAGCACUUAAGAACUGAGAAAAUACAAGAAUAAAUAAUUUUUUAUUAAUCUAUUUUAUAGUACAGUAAAAUAUAUUAUAGAAAUUUUCUUUAAUAAUGUGGAUUAAUAUUAAAGUAGAACUAUUUGUUAUUGAAUGUACCCACUGAAGGAAAAUCAAGGAACGAGAGAUGGGUAAGAGAGAAAUAUAUUAUAGAAUAAAAUAUAUUAUAGAAAUUAUUUACUAAAAUAUAUUAUAGAAAUUUUCUUUAAUAAUGUGGAUUAAUAUUAAAGUAGAACUAUUUGUUAUUGAAUGUACCCACUGAAGGAAAAGCAAGGAAUGAGAGAUGGAUAAGAGAGAAAUGAAAGAGAUACACAGGAGAGUAGAGAUACACAGGAGAGUUUAUUUGUCAGAGCUGACAAAUAAAGGCCAUCUCUCUAUAGGAGAGAGAGGCAAAACAGGCUGAGUUCUGGGACUUUUAUGAGGGAGGCUCAGGAAUCAGAGCUGGGCAAGUCCUUAUGCUUUAAGGAUUGGGUUGAUAUGAAUGAGUGGAGUGGCUUUCUCAGAAACACUGUUGGGUGGGAAAGUGAAACUUUUUCCUUAAAAUGGAGGUUGUCACUUAAGGUGGCCAUCAAGAUGCUAAUCACAAGGACCUUAAACCCACUAUAUCUAUAUCUUCCUAUUUUCAAAGUCAAACUCAGAAAUAUAGAAUAAUAUUCUAAUAAAACUCCAAGUUUUAACCUCCUCCACAUUUAUGGGAAGAAGGUUUUUCAGAUAACAGCUCAAUUGUUUUGGAGUAGUAGUUACCACGGUAACUUUUGUAAUAGAACUAUAGACCAUUGCCUUAGCAAUCAAGGAUUGAUUACUCAUUUUGGAGAAAAACAGGGGAAAGGAACAGUAGACUCUAACCUGUUUCCUUUCUUUAUUCUUUUAGCUUUGUCAUUAUUAUGCUAAAUAAAGGCAGUACUAUGUCCCUUUUGAA